CCCUCCUGCAGGAGUCGCUGUGAGCGCCCCUGGGGACAGCAGCAUGGACGUCGACCCCAAGUACCGCCAGGCCUCCCUGUACGUGGGCGACCUCCCUGCAGAUGUGACCGAGAACAUGCUGUUCCUCAAGUUCAGCACGGCGGGGACCGUGCUGUCCAUCCGCAUCUGCAGGGACCUGGUCACCCAGCGCUCCCUGGGCUACGCGUACGUGAACUUCCUGCACGUGGCCGACGCGCAGAGGGCCCUGGACACCAUGAACUUCGACCUGAUCCAGGGCAAAGCCAUCCGGCUCAUGUGGUCCCAGCGUGACGCCUACCUAAGGAAAUCGGGCAUCGGGAACGUGUUCAUCAAGAACCUGGACCGGGCCAUCGAUAACAAAACGCUGUACGAGCAUUUCUCCGCCUUCGGGAAGAUCCUGAGCUCCAAGGUGAUGUGCGAUGACCAGGGCUCCAGGGGCUACGGGUUCGUGCACUUCCAGAGCCAGGCGGCGGCCGACCGCGCCAUCGCCGAGAUGAACGGGCGCCUGCUGGGCGCCUGCCGCCUGUUCGCCGGCCCCUUCAAGAACCGGCGCGCCCGCGAGGCGGAGCUGCAGAACCGCGCGGGCGAGUUCACCAACGUGUACAUCAAGAACUUCGGCGACGACGUGGACGACGAGGCGCUCAAGGGCAUCUUCAGCCAGUACGGCAAGAUCCUGAGCGUCAAGGUGAUGACCGACGCCAGCGGCAAGUCCAAGGGCUUCGGCUUCGUGAGCUUCGACACGCACGAGGCGGCCAGGCGCGUGGUGGAGACGAUGAACGGCCGCGAGCUGAGCGGGCACCCCAUCUUCGUAGGGCGCGCGCAGAAGAAAGCCGAGCGCCAGGCCGAGCUCAAGCAGCUGUUCGAGCAGCAGAAGCAGGAGAGGUUCCGGCGGCUCCGCGGCGUGAAGCUCUACAUCAAGAACCUCGACGAGACGGUCGACGAGGAGAAGCUGCGCAGGGAGUUCUCCGCCUUCGGGUCCAUCAGCAGGGUCAAGGUGAUGCAGGAGGAGGGGCGAAGCAAGGGGUUCGGCCUCAUCUGCUUCUGCGCCCCGGAGGAGGCCAGCAGGGCCAUGGCCGAGAUGAACGGCCGCACCCUGGGCUCCAAGCCGCUCAGCAUCGCGCUGGCGCAGCGGCCCUAG